AUGACAGAUUCCGAGUCGGGAAAACGAAAGGCCUCUACCGCCGGCCUUUCCGCUCAUAACCGCCCCGUCAAGCGCCGGGCCUCAAAGGCCUGUUGCUGCUGUCGCGCCCGCAAGGUCCGCUGCGAUGUGGUAGAGAAUGGUUCCCCUUGCACCAAUUGUCGACUAGAUCAGGUCGAAUGUGUCGUCACCGAAAGCAAGCGGAGAAAGAAGUCUCGGGUUGAGGUUGAACAUGCAGCCCAUUCCGAGUCCCCCGAGGCCUCGGAGGAGAACCUGCUGCAUAGCAUUCAGGGCUUGUCUGAAAUGGCACCCACGUCACCUUCCCAAGCGUCCGUUGAUCUGGAUCACGGACAACAUAUGCCACAUCUGCUCUAUCAAACACAAGCACACCGCAUUGGCUCCGAUGAUCAGAAUCGCCGCCGCAUGGCCCCCAACCCUGCCGUGCCCGCCUCAAUGCCCCUGGCAAACGCCACACUGCAAAUCCAACAGCUACUCGAUCCCUCAUUUGGAAACCGAACUGCAAGCGCCUUUCUUCCCGACUACAUUAGAGGUCUACCCGCCCGGUUCCAGAAGGAAGAUAUUGACUACUUGGCCGCGAAGGGAGCGUUGACAAUCCCGGACGUGCCUCUGCGAAACGAGCUUCUCAAGGCCUACAUUCAUUAUGUGCAUUCUUAUAUGCCCCUGCUGGAUUUGGAGGAGUUCCUCCAGACCAUUGUCCAAAACGAUGGAGUCCACCGCAUCAGUUUACUGCUAUUCCAGGCGGUCAUGUUCGCGGGUAUGGCCUUUGUCGACAUGAAGCAUCUGCAAGCUGCCGGUUACCAAACCCGUAAAGCGGCUCGCAAGAUUUUCUUCCAGCGUGCCCGCCUCUUGUACGACUUCGACUACGAGGUAGAUCGCAUCUCUUUGGUCCAGUCUCUGCUGCUCAUGACCUAUUGGUAUGAGACUCCGGAUGACCAAAAGGACACUUGGCACUGGAUGGGCGUCAGCCUGUCUUUGGCCCACACUAUCGGUCUCCACCGAGACCCCGGCAACUCGCGGAUGGACCUGCGCCGCCAGAGAAUGUGGAAACGCAUCUGGUGGAGCACAUACACUCGUGAUCGUUUGAUUGCGUUAGGCAUGCGACGCCCGAUGCGCGUGAAGGAUGACGACUGUGAUGUACCGAUGUUGACUAUGGACGACUUUGAGUUCCAGGCCUUCUCACCCGAAAUUGUGAAGAUGGUCGGGGACUCGGAGAUUUUGCAGAAUGUCAGCCACCAGCGAGAGCUGGCCUUGAUGUUCAUUGAAAAGGCUAGGCUUUGUCUUUGCGUGAGCCAUGUCCUUUCCGCACAGUACUCGGUGCUCAGCCACAAAUUCGGCGGCACCAUGGAGACCACAAUGAUGUUGGUCCCUAAGAAGUCCACUGCAGAGUCCUUUGAAGUGCGACGCUGUGAUCAGGAGCUGGAAGACUGGCUGGCCAAUCUCCCGGUCGAAACACAAUAUACGCCUUCGGGCGUGUCGAAGCUUCCGGAAGCCCGUGAAGUUCUUCACUCGCACCGAGCUCUGCUGAAGAUGGUUUAUCUCACUACAUCCAGUGCUCUCCAUCGCCCCCAGGUCCUUCCCGCCGUUCCCUACCCGUCCAUGGAUUCCGAGCUACAAGAAUUGUCUCGUCAAAAAGUCCGAUUCGCCGCCGUGGAGAUAACCGCCAUUGCCCAGGAUCUUCAUGUCCUAGACUUGACUCGAUACUACCCGACCACUGGAGUGACCGUGCUCCUACCCGCCGUCAUUAUUCACCUGCUCGAUAUUAAAUCGAGCGACCCAAGCGUACGGAUGACAAGUCUCCAGCGCUUCUACCAGUGCAUGCGCAUCCUACAGCGCCUGCGGGAGAUCUACGCAUCGGCCGAUUUUGCGACCUCAUUCCUGGAAGCCGCCAUCCGCAAGGCCGGUAUCCAGCUGACAGUCGCACCACAGGAGGUGCAAUCUAAGCGAUCCCGCAAGACCACCACAAGCAAUGAUCCAUUCGACGCGCUAUCUCGGAACAACACCCUCACUCCUCCCCCGGACUCCCUGGCCCAGAAGAUUCCGGACCUCACUUACCCCCAGGCCCCCGCAGGCGGGCGUACUGGAAGCCUCUUUGCCUCAACCCCGCCACACUCCGACGGCAGCGAAAACGGCAGCACCAACAAUCUCAACCCGACCCACAGCCAUGACGCCUUUGCCAUCCCCGAGCUCAACUCGGAGCUCAGCCUCACCGAGCUAAUGGACCUGGCCAAUGAUGCCGAGGUGACCCAGAAUGACUUCGAUGCGCUGAUCAACUUCGACGAUGCCGGGAAUGAAUUCUUCACGGAUGAGUCCGGCCAAGGCGGAGCCGCGGCCGAAGACAAGGGCUACGAGUUCGGCGUCGAUAACAUGAAUGGCAUGGGCUUUGACACUGAUCCAAAGUCGAUUGACUUUGCCAAUUUGACAGAGCUACAUGGCGAUCAUGGUUCGAGCGACCUUUCAGCCGAGGCUCAUUCUCGGGCCAGUCUGACGGCCGACCUGGACACAGACCUUGGCAUUGGUCUGGAUGAAUGA